GAUUUUAUCAUCUGUGUUGAAAUGUUUAUAGCAGCCAUUGCUCAUUACUACUCAUUUUCCCACAAACCAUUCAUUGUGACCGAGGAGAAUUCACACCAGUCUAACUGCUGUGAAGCCUUCCUGUCCAUGUGGGAUGUCUCAGACAUGAGAGAUGACGUGUUGGAACAUGCUAAAAUAAUAAGUAAAGCAGUAAAGAAAACAGUGAGUAAAUCAAGAAUAAAAACAAAUGAUACAGAACGAACACCAUUAAUAAGAGACAGUCAGACUAACUAUACAUCAGAUGGGGGUCCCAGUGACUGGGAUACAGCUUCCCUAGAACAAAGGGAAAUAACUCAUAAAAAAUCAGUUCCUACUGAAUCAAUGAAUAAUUACAUAGUGUUUAGUUCCAGUUCAGAAACUAAUUACAGCAACGAUACCCAGACAGAUGUUAGGGUAAGACAGAAAGAUCAUGUGACUAGUGAUAAACAGGAAGUGGAAAUUGUUAGACCAAUAGAAAGUUGUGAUACAAAUGUAGUAAGUGUAUCAUCCAAUCAGGAAGAAAUUAACAAAAGUGAUAAUAUACAAACAGAAGGGUUAAUUGAAGUAGAAGUACAUAGCAAUAUAGAUAACAAUAGAACAAUAGAUACAGACCAGACAGGUUCUAUACAGGUUGAUGUCUUAACUGGAUAUGCUGAUGACACUCCUGUUGUAUAAUGUUUUAUUGUUACUAUAAGUCUAAUGUAUUGAUAAUAGUAUGGUAACUACAAUUACAAAUUAAGAUUGUAAAUUAUUGCCAAGAAAUUUAAGUUACUGUGGAUUCAUUUAUUUUUGUGGGUAUCAAUUUUCGUGGAUUGAGGAAAACUUGCAUUUUCAUGGAUAUUUGAUUUCGUGGUUUUGCCAAUCUCUGCAUACAAAGCCUAUAGAAAAUUUGUAAUUCGUUGAACAUUUGAAUUCGUGGUUCAACUUUUUCCACGAAACCCACGAAAAUUGAUUUCCAACGAAUAAUAAUGAAUCCACAGUAACUUAUGUAUCUGUUGUUAUAUUUAGAAUUUUAUGACAACAGCAAUUCUUGAUUAAACCUGCAGGUGACAUCCAAAGCAAUGUAUUUAUUUGUUUUGUAUUACAUAGUGCCAUAUAUACUUAAUAUUGAUACUUAAUAUACAGCUUUGCAUAAUUGCCAACAUUUUGAAGUAUGUCUUUCAAUUUCAUUGUUAAACCAGGGUUCUCACUAAGGAUUUUUGUAUGACAAAACAGGUCCAGGGACUUUGAUUAAUUGAUUAUUUUUUAAAGCAAUCUAAGGUUCACACAUUCCUAACAAGUCAAGGGACUCUUCCUGUUUUUGCCAUGGUGAUAUCAACAGUGAAAAGAAGAAAUUUUAUCCCUAUAUUAUUUAAUAUUUCAGUGUCCAUUACAACAUAGAGCAAGGAAAUACCAUCAGAUUUAGAUUAUUUUUUUAAAUUUUGCUAUAAAAUGAUGAUAUGUGUGUUCAGUGGAUACAACAUUUUAUAAUCUUCAUAUAUCUUUUGACUCACCAGUUUUGAAAACGACAAUUUCAGACAGAUUUUCAUGAGUCCAGGACUCAUGGAGGGGCCUUAGUAAGAACCCUGAUUGUUAUUUUAUUAUUUAUUACUAUUUUGUCCAUUAUCUAAAUGUUGAUGUCUGCUGCAAUAGAUUAUUUAUUUUCUCUGAAAUUGAUGAAUCUACAUGAAAUAAUUUAACAGUUGGAAGAGUUUAUGUUAAAAAUGUACAUAUUUAUUAAUAAUAAGACACCAAAAAAAGUUCCCUUAAAUGAUCUGCAAACUAAAAGGCUUUCAAAAUGUAUUUAGCAUUUACAGAUGUACGAAAUGUACAAAUCUCACAUUUUAUUCUGUUAAAAUCUUAAUUAAAAUGAACACAUGGACUACAUUUCAAGUUGAUGUUAAUUCAUCUUUAUGGAAUAAAAUUGAGAAUGGAAAUGGGGAAUACGUCAAAGAGACAUCAACCUGACCAAAGAGCAGAAAACAGCUAAAGGCCACCAAUGGGUCUUAAAAAAAACUUAAACCUGAUAUUGGACAGACUUACAGACAAACAGCUGGACGCAAAGACCAGAAAAAUUAAUGCCCUUACUCAUGUAAGUGUGACAUAAAUAAAUAAAUGUACAUAAUUUUAUACAGGGUAGUUAGUAGUAAAAUCACUUUAAAUGGUUUUUCUGGGAACAAUUAAAAUGUAUCUGUAUUUUUAGUCCCUUUAUUCUAACAUCUACAAUCUAGCAUGGAUAUGCAUUAAUAAAUUCCUGUUAUUCAGCCUAUAUAUCCUUUCUCAGCUAGAGUAGUUGUAGACACAGUACAAUAAAUACUGGACAUUUAUUCAUAUAUUUUACUGCCCAUCAUUAUUGUGCAUAGGGAGACAAGUAGUUCAACAAUACUGAAAAUAAGAAAGUUAAACUUUUAUAAGAAUUAUCAUUAUGUAUGUUAUCUUACAUUGCUGUAGUAAAUAAUAAAUUACUAAAUGCUUUU